AUGGAUGAUGAAGAGGAUCAGAUGCGCGCGAGGAAGAGACCUCGCAAAUCCCGCAGCCGAGGGUUGCAGAGACGUCCAGUCUGCGGGCCCUGUACUAUCAGAUCUCGCGAUUGCGUCUACCCCGAAACGCACUCGUUGACAAGCGUUGACGACUCCGAGACACAAUCAGGGGAUCAGUUAUUCCUCAGGGACCAACAGUCUCCAACCGCGGUUGAUCUGCCAGGCUCGCAUAGCAGCCUCGUCACUGACUCCGGACCCAGCAUACAGCCUUCUCUGCCGGCGAACCAAGUCUCACUCCUCGGCGUGGCCGCCCAGCCACUACCUACCUCUACCUGGUCACCAGACUCAGCCUUCUGGACUGCCGACUUUGCUUCCACCCGGUGGCUUGACCUUCUCGCCAACGACGCCGCACAAGCGGAUAGCGGCUUCUCACUUGCGCCAACACCAGCCUUGAGAGAAGGUGAAGAGAGACCUCCAGACAUUGGAAGCCUUCAAGAACGCUUGUCUCAAGUUGCUCAGGUCGAGCCUACCAGCUGGAAAGCCGGAGUGAGCCCAGCAACUUUAUCCCCUCAUGAAGCUGUUCUUCUUCGUCACUUUGCAGAGAAAUGUGCUUUAUGGCUGGACCUUUUUCAUCCGCAGAGACUGUUCUCUACGUAUGUUGUCAGACUGGCGCUGAAAGACCCGGGCCUCCUUCAUGCCAUUCUUGCCCUCGCUGCACGUCAUCGUUCCAAAUCGUCCAAUUCCAGCAACGAUACUGUGACGGAUAACGAGUCUAUCCGACAUUACUACGAAACACUUCACUACGUACAAGAAGCACUCGCCUACACGAGCUACACCAACUCAGAAGAGCUUCUAGCCACGGCCAUUGUUAUCUCGUCGUACGAAAUGCUAGAUGAAUCAGAUGGCCGGGGAAACUGGCAGAGACAUCUCAAAGGCGUCUUCUGGAUACAGAGAUCUCAAGACGUGAACGGUGGUUCUGGCGGUCUUCGCCAGGCUGUGUGGUGGGCUUGGCUGCGUCAGGAUAUAUGGGCUGCAUUCAGAGAAAAGAGGCCUUGUCUGAGUUUCUGGGUGCCAGUUCAAGAUCUCGGCGAGCUUGGUCAGCAUGACUUGGCAGAGAGAGCUAUAUACCUCCUCUCACAGGCUGUGAAUUAUUAUGCCCAUUCCCAUGCUGCUAUAUCUGGAUCAACACCCAGUCGCCUAGCGCCAGUGGACUUGGGCCGUGCCAGAGUUGACAUUCUGAACAAAAUAGAAGAGCUCAAGUCUCAUCUCGGCGAGCAAUACCAGCCUCUUCCAUCGCCCUCCGACACGACCGAUGUCUUCAAAGCGAUUUGGAUACACCCGCCAGAAUUCGGAGCCGCGCUGCAGGCACUCGCCUUUGCCCAGAUACUGAUAGCGCUUCAUAGUCCAAUACCGGCCGGGUUCAAUGGGUAUCUGAGAAUGCAAAAGACACUCACGCAGUCUGUGGACACCAUCUGCGGAAUAGCCAUGGACUUGAAGGAUGAAGCAUGUCAGAUUGUAUCAGCUCAAUGUCUUUACGGUGCCGGUCUUUGUCUACAGGAUGCUCAUAACCGUGAAAAGGUCAUUUCUUUGAUGGAAGCGUGUGAGGCUAGAGUGAAUUGGGUUCCCAUGAAGAUGUGGAGAGAUGAUUUGCGAACGGAGUGGGCCAAGGCAGAUCAAGAAGGAAGUCGGGAUGGCUUCUGA